AUGAUGCCACUUGACGCCACUCUCGAGUUUUCUCCUUCUCCCGCAGUUGUUAAGAUGAAUUUGGCCAUGUCUCCGUAUGUGAUCACUCUCGUGUGUAUUUUACUGCGCGGUUUGCAGCUUACAUUCGCUCUGGUGUCGUUGAUCACCGCCACGAUGUCGUUCCCAAUAUCCACGUCGUCCAACGACAAAGACUAUCGCCUCGGGAGUUCCGAAGCCACGUUCGUAUUGUUCGUGUCCUAUACAAUCGUCGAGUAUUCUGGGGUGUUUUUAAUUCUAGUGGAACUCUUCCCCAUGAUGCUCCGACCCCGCGCAAUCUUCACACGAGUAAUGGAUAGUUUCCUGGCAGUAGUUGCAGUAAUCUCGGGGAUCGUUUUGGCAUCGAGCGACUACGUGCAACGCUGUGACGAGUAUGCGACUUUGGUGCAUUGCAGCAACUUAAAGGCAUCGAGUAUCUUCGUUAUCCUGUGUUUUAUUCCGCUCAUCGGUUCGGUGUUUUUAACGUUCGUAAAAGCCGAAGACCCAAGGUUUACAAUGGAAGAGUGUCGUGACCGAGCGGGCAGCUACCGAAUGGUAACUACGCCUAUAACUUCGACGUUGUCCCGAAUCGACACUCGAGAUAUCGUCACGGCUUAGGAAAAAAAAAGAUUAUGAAAUGAAAAAACUAUAUUUUUUUAAUUGAAUAAAACAUUAUUGUGCUGCACGACGACGCAUGACUGUGCUUGUGCAGUUGCGACGGAAGUCGAGGUGGCUAUUGCUCGGACGUCGUUUACGCAUACUGUCGUAGUAUUUAUCUCGACGACG